AGGGCUUCCUCGGAGCGUUCAGGGCCUGAGGUCGUAACAAUGGGGCGGCUUGCGCGCGCGCCAGGGCUCGUCGGCGCCCCCCCGCCCACGUUGCCAUUCAAUCGAUGGCAGCGGGCCGUCCGCGAGGAGUGGUUCGAAACUCAGGCUGCCUUCCUCGCCAACGUUGUCUACGCCAAGGUUGACUUCCCCGAGACGCUGACGGACACCGUGGAGGCGCGGGCCAUGGGCAUCUUUGCGCACUACGGCUUGGUCGAUGUCGUGAAGAAGUGCCCCGUGUGCGACGCUCCCGCGGCGCUGGAGGAAAGCUGGCGCUCCGACAACGGCAAGGUUCGCUUCAAGUGGGCGUGCUCGUCCCAUGGCCACAAGCACUACCACGCGGCAGUCGUCGGUGUCGGCAUGCUCAAGAAAGUGGAAGUGGGGUCGUGGAUGACGUUCCUGAACUUCAUCGCGCUUCUGCGUGCUGGCACCCCCCUGCGUAAGAUGUGCGCGGGGCUGCGGGCCGCUUGGGGCAACUGCAGUGACAAGAACUUCCGCAGGUGGAAGGACACGUACCAGGGGGAGCUGAAGAGGGCCAGCGAGAAGUUAGACUUGAUGAAGAUCGGCGGCCCGAGCCACGUGGUCGUCAUGGACGAGACGGUCGUGGGCGUCCACCCCGACGAUGGCUUCGAGUCUUUCACCCACAAGGGAAUUCGCAAAGGGGUGAAGAAGGCGGUCAUGAAGCGGCCAGCCGCGCGCAGGGGAUUGCGGGGCACGGGUGCAGAUCCCCGCUCCAACGGCCGCUGGUUGUGGGCAGCAGUGUCCGUCGGCAAGGGGGCGGAGAAGUGGACGCACGGCAACGGGAAGAAGCGCUUCGCGUGGCGAUUCCUUCCACCCCGCUACAACGCGGAGAGGAGCAAGUCUCGCGGCUUCGAGGAGAUCCGCAAGACCAUCGAGCAGCACGUUGCGAAGAAAAGCAUAUUGGUGUUCGAUGGCUGCCCUAGCUCGCUGGCGGCUGCCGAGGACUUGGGUUUCAGACGCGCGCCCCCCGUGGUCCACGAGGUCGGGUGGCGCGACGUUGAGACGGGGUGGCACUCCAAUGACAUUGAGAGCGAGAACAACCGCUUGACGCAUUGGUCGCGCGUCCGAUACAGCGUCCUCGAAAUCUCCGAGCUGGACAUGUACGAGUACGCGUGCUACGUGAACGCUGGGGACAAGAUGGCGGACGUGAUGCUGGGGUUAGCCUGGCUCGCGCUUGCUCUGGCUGAGUGCGCGGGCAUCUAA